CAAUAUGCGAACCAGAAGUACGGCAGUGGUCGUGAUGGACGUGAAGGGGUAUUUCCCAUUGGUAAUUUUGAUAAAGUGAUUAUUGUAUUUGAAACAGUAUUUUACAACAUCUACAAUAAUGGACGAAUUUAUUGUGGGCCAUGGUCGGGUACCUCGACUUCGCGAAUUUCAGAAGAAAAUUGAAAGAAUGUAUGAAGUGAAAAUAGGAUUCGAAGAUGUCGCCAAAGCUCAUCAACAAUGGGUCAUCGUUCAGGGCGAAAAUAUGGACAGACAGAAUGCAAAGGAAUACAUCAUUGCUCUGUGCGAUCCAAUGGAAACACAAACCCUUAAUUAUAAAGGUUGUCAGGCAUUUCUUGGCAUUAAAACGAUUGAACAGAUAGAGAAACAAACUAAUGCUGUGAUUAUUGUGGAUGAACUAUCGUCUGUUACCAUCACCGGCACUGACUUAGGUGUGACCUUGGCCAUGUCAUCUCUAGAGGAACUGCUGGGCCAGUAUGAUACAGAGAUGGAUGGCACUAAAAGUGAAACAAAAGAAAAAGACAUUCUAGCAGAUGAUUCUGUGUCACCAUGGUCACUGAGACUGGACACAUCCCUACAAAGAGCACUUUCUCAACAGAGUGAUGGCAACAGUAGUAUGACUAUUGAAGACUAUGGUAACACCUCCGCAACAGUUAAAAGGGUUAUUUUACAUUGCUUAAAUGACACUGCUACUGAUGAUAUUGAUGAUGAUCAAUUGUUUGUAAGUAACUCUCCAAACAAUAGUUUAAAAACACCAAAUCAGUUUAAACUUCCUCUUUUGAUGGGAGAUGAACAGACAGACGGUGGACAACACAGAAAACAGAAUACUGAAACAGAUUCUUAUCCGAUUGAUGGACGCGUUGGCAACCUUACUCAGCAAUUGACUGAUGCAAAUAUUUCACAUGCUGAAGCCAAAUGUGCUCCAAAACCUCAAAGUGCUUUCCCAAACUCAAAGUUGUCAAAGGAACUUGAAUAUUUAAAAAGCUUUGGGGUAUCUGUUGGUUAUAGUGUAGAUAUUAUUGAAGAAGGUUUGAAAUUUGCUGAUGAAAAUACACAAGUUUCAGACUUCAUAGAAAUAUUAACAAAAAUUUCUGAUAGUAAAUCUGAAGAGACUGCUAAUAAAGGGAAAAGGAGUCCAUCUCCAGAUGUGGAAGUAUUGAGUUCGUCUAAGAAUUUUGGAAAUUUUCCUCCUCCUCCACCUAUACCUAGUCCAAGUAAGCUUGCAGAUAUGACAGGUCGACGAAGUUUGCCACCAGAAUAUAAAACAAAAUUAAUCAAAGAUUUCACAGAAGAGAAAAAUGACUUGCCCAUUGAGGAACUCAAAAGACGGAACGAGGAAAGACAAUCAGUGCUGAAAGCAUCAUUUGAUGAUGAAAAUAAUACGAACAUAAACAGAAAUCUGUCCUCACCAGGACAAAGUAGAGAAAAGAAUGGUCAUCAUCACUCCACUAAACAGAAAGGUCAAGGUCGCUCACAAAAUAAAAAGAAUAAACAAAAGGCGAGACAUCCAGGUUCAGAGACACCGACACAUUAUAUUGAGUUGGAUGGGGAUGAAGAAACUUGUGUUAUGGAACCAUGGCAGGAUGAUGUUGAUGACGAUUGUAGAAUUGUAGAUGUUUCUCAACCUAUUCCUAAGCCAGUUGUGGUCCAGCCAGAUAGACAGCAGCAACAACAACAACAACAACAUCAGCAGCAACAACAACAUCAGCAGCAACAACAACAUCAGCAGCAUACAAAUUAUAACCGACAACCAUACGGAAACAACUUUCAACAGCCAUUUGGUGCUAUGUCAUCACCUCAGAAGCAACAGGCAGCAACAGGUCAUCACCAUCAGUUACAAAAAGGGCCAAUCAGGGGAAAAUCAGAUGACCUUAGAUAUAUUGUCAUCGAUGGCAGCAAUGUGGCAAUGACGCAUGGUAAUGGCAAAAUAUUUUCUUGUCGUGGAAUUAAAAUAUGCAUUGAGCACUUCCUAAAGAGAGGCCACAAACAGGUGACAGCAUUUGUACCAGAGUGGAGAAAGUACCGUCCACGUAUAGAGAACUCCAUCAGUGACCAGAACCUUCUGACAGAGCUUAAAGAGGAGGGCUACCUCGUCUUCACUCCGUCACGCAGGGUUAAUGGCAAACUGAUCAGUGCUUACGAUGACAGGUUUGUGCUGGAGUUAGCGGAGCGAGAGGAGGGUGUGGUUGUUUCUAAUGACCAGUACCGAGACCUGAUGCAGGAGAAGGCAAGCUGGAGGGUGUUAGUGGAGGAAAGGUUACUGAUGUUCACAUUUGCCGGAGACAACUUCAUGAUCCCAGAGGAUCCCCUUGGUCAGGACGGUCCCACUCUGGACCAACUUUUACACAAGAUACCACCUCAUGCUGGACCACACAAAAGACCAUUGUCACCUGACAAAUCGGAGAGAGGAAACAUGCGACAACAACAAAAUAACUGGACAAAAAUGCCUCCUUUAACUUUAAAUGUGGGUAAUGCUAGAUUCCCCUACCACAACCCCCAGCAAAGAGGUUUGAACCCAAAUCUAGCUUAUCAAAGACCUCCUCCUCAACAGUUCACUGGAAACCAAAACAAUUUACAGGGCCGCCAAAAUCAGGCGGAUGGUGCUGCAGUGUUCCGCGGGGCUCACAGGGGGCGAGGACAGCGUUAUCCCCACCCUCAGCCCAACAAGUUCACAGCACUCUCCACCCGGUCUAACCAGUCUACUGAAGAACUCUUCAAACAACUUAAGGGUAUUUUCUCGGAGAGUGACCAGGAACAAAAGUUACGGGAAGUUCUUCAGAAUCAUCAGGAGGAAACAGACUUGAACCGACUCACAAACUACUGCAUGAAUGCAAUAUUUCCCUAGACAAUGUACAGUGAAUAUUCUCCUGUGACUGUUCCACACCGUUGUGGACAUUCACCUAUCAGAGCUCCACAAUGAAUAUCUGAUAUUCCUGUGACUAGUCGAUACACAUGAUUAAGAUACACAUGAUUAAGAUUUCUUUAAAUAGAAAGUAUUAAAAUAUGGAAGAAAAGUCUGUGAUUAAAUCAUGAACUUUUGUUUCAAAUUUUGUGUUUAAGAUAUUUUAUGGUUGUGGCAAUACAGGAUGGGAUGACUUACCAAAAUGUGAUAUACAUUCACAGAUACUAGCAGUUGUGUAUAAAACAGCUUAUUGGUAGCUAGUGAAAAGACACUGAAAUAUUUCAAAGUUUGUGAUGAGCUGUAUGUACGCUGUGUAUAACAUCAGGAUGUAAGCUUUCGGAGGAAAUCAUCAAUUAUAAAUUGAGCUGAUAUAUAUAGGCUUAAAAAUAGCAUGUGUACCGCACAUGUUUGUUUAUCAGGGAAGAAAUGUUACUUUUAUACUUUAUCAGUUGAAGUCAUCAACAUAAGUCAAGACCAGAUUACCGUUGAACAAGAAAUACAUCGUACAGAUUUGUUUCUGCUGAGUUGAUGAAUAGCUGGAUAACAAUUUUUUACCAAAGUUUUCUAAUUAUAUUGUUAAAGAAAAUAAUUAAAAAGGCUGAAUUUCAAUGUUUUAUAGAAGGUCAUUGAGAUCUAUAUUCCAUUACGUCACCAUGGAUGUGUUGGCAGUAUUAAAUGUAUACACUGUAGUACCCAAAUAUUGUUUAUAUAAUAUAUUCAGCAUUCCAAAACAUUUGUAAAUUGUAUGAAUAUUUCAAGUAAAACAAUUACCUGUGCUAGA